AUGUCGGUAAAGAUAACCAACAAGGAACAAGUUCAAAGCUUAUUGGGCCAGUACGACUAUUUCUUGUUCGAUUGUGAUGGUGUUCUCUGGUUGGGAGAUCACUUGUUACCACAUGUGCCCGAGACCUUGAACUUAUUGAAGGAGCACAGAAAGACAGUUAUCUUUGUUACAAACAACUCUACCAAAUCAAGAGAUGACUACUUAAAGAAAUUUCAAAAGCUUGGUAUCUCAGGGAUCACCAAAGACGAAGUAUUUGGCUCCUCCUAUGCUUCUGCAGUAUACAUUGAUAAGAUUCUUAAAUUGCCAAAGGAGAAAAAAGUCUGGGUAUUAGGAGAAGAAGGUAUUGAAAAGGAACUUAAGGAGUUGGGAUAUACAACUGUAGGUGGAAGUGACCCCGUCUUAGUGCAAGAUGGUGUGGCUUUUGAUCCUGAACAUCCACACUUGGUAGAGUUGGAUGAAGAUGUAGGAGCAGUUCUUGCUGGAUUAACUUUGAAUUUGAACUACUUGAAGUUAUCAAUUACCAUGCAAUACCUUUUGAAAGAUAACAAGUCAUUGCCGUUUAUUGCUACCAAUAUCGACUCUACAUUCCCAUCCAAGGGUAAAUUGUUGAUUGGGGCUGGUUCCAUUAUAGAAACCGUUGCAUUUGCCAGUGGUCGUCAGCCAGACGCUGUUUGUGGUAAGCCAAAUCAAUCCAUGAUGAACUCAAUUAAGGCAGACAAUCCAGGCUUGAGGGAAACGCCAAAGCGAGGUCUUAUGAUUGGUGACAGACUAAAUACUGACAUGAAGUUCGGCAGAGACGGAGGGUUAGAUACGUUAUUGGUUUUGACAGGGAUUGAAACUGAAGAAAAUGUCUUGAAGCAACCAAAAGAUGUCGCCCCAACCUAUUAUGCCAGUAAACUUGGAGACCUUUAUGAUUUUUGCAACUAG